AUGCGGCAAGUGCAUUGCCCCCAUCACCUCCGGCCACGCCAGCAGCCCACAGCUAUCGGUGCUGGCCACCGGUGGCCGCAGCCGAGGCCAGGGCAAGUGCCGAGCUCAGCGCUGGGCACACGGCUCUUCUCUGGGCAAUGUCCCCAAAAGGUGCUGGUUGCGUCACCGGUGCGGAGCUGGCAACCCCCGGCACGUCCCGUCCCCCCCUCGCAGGGCUGCAAAAGCAAACGGCCGAGCAAGCGUGUCCGUCUGUCCGGGGCUCCAGUUGCUCCUCGCUUUCGGGCAGCCGUGGCCAUGGCCGGGAUCGCCGUCGUGCUCAGCCUCACGUCGCUGCUGCCCACGGCCGCCUUCCCCUGCGGAGCCCCACGCCUGCAGCACCCGGGCAAUGCCACGGCAUCGCAGCUGCUGGGGAUGUGGCUGUACGUGGCCGGGGCUGCCCAGUUCCCCCAGCACCUCCUGGAGAUGCUGCUCAUCGACCACGGCCACCUCCACGUGGAGCCUCACGCCAGUGAGCAGGAGCUGCUCAUCACCCAGCGCGUGGCCGUGGGGGACCAAUGUCUCACCAACAACUCCACCUACUUCGAAAUCACCGCCGGUAACACCACACUGGUGAAGCACGCCAAGACCCAGCAAACUGUGGGGAUGCUGGUGAACCUCAGCUCUGAAGACGUUUUACUCAUCCAGUACCAACUGCAGAUGGAAAGAACAUAUUUGGGACUGUAUCUCUACGCCCGAAACCUGAGCGCAAGCGCAGCCCACCGGGAAGAGUUCGAGCGUCACGCCAAGUGCCUGGGGCUGAGCAAAGAGGAGAUCGUGUACGCGCCGUGGAAAACGGAGCUGUGUCAAACGAAAGAAAUCAAAAAAGGAAACAGCCCAUGCACGGAGCCCACGGCUGCGGCCACAGCAUCACCUCCUCCGGGUACCCGCCAGCCUGGGAGCACGGGUAACUGAUGCCACAUUAGGCAAUAAAUGUUUUCUUCAAAUUUGA